AUUCUUUUAUUGUACUGAAUUUCUACAAGGGGUAAUUUUCCUUAAAAGACCAAAUCUUUGAAGUAUACGAGUCAUAAGCUGGUAAGUCCUAUAUUCUGAGUUCAGCAUACUAUUCCUCUUAUAUUUUUUAAUAUUGCAAACAGUAAUUAGAAGUUAUUAUUAUUUUUCAGGAAACAAGGAAAAUUUUCUACCCAUAGCACAUUUCACAAAUGACUACCCCCAGAUCUGACUGUGAUGUACUUUGCAGGGGGAUACUUGAGAAGAUCUCUAGAUGUUUUGGAGUGUUUUGAUCCUCAGACUCUCAAAUGGACUAUUCUCUCCCCAAGAGUGGUCUUGGGGCAGCUUAUGUUGGUAUGGUAAAUAUUGUAUAAUGAAGAUAGAUAGAUAAAUAACCUCUAUUUAUACACAAUAAUUUUUUAAACAACAAGCUUGUGAUGUCAUGUGAAAGUAACAAGCUACUUGUAAAUUCUCAAUUAUUAAAGGAAGAUAUUAUUCAUUUGUCAUGUAGGACAAAGAGAAAAGUUUGAGUCUUCCAAGGAUUCAAUUUUCAGACUGACAGAUCUUAUGGUUCAGUUCUCUACCACUGAGCUGCUGUGAUUGUAGCUAGGCAAUAAAUCAGCUUUACCUGCAUUCCUGAUUCCAGCGGAAUCCAGGAAACUUGUUAUACAUAGAUGAAGUAUAUUGCCAUGAAGCUCAAUGGUAUUUUGCUGAACUCCAGAUCAGUAAAGAGUUUUUAUUAGAUCCUGGCUUACUCAAUGCCUAUCUCCUCCCAAGAGUAUGAAACAGGUUCCAAUUAACUAUUUCAUUCCCAAUAACUCCUUACUGUCUCCUAUACACUGCCUUUUAACUUUGUUGUGAAAACUGGGUGUGGGAUCAAAUGAUAAUCCCCUAGUUGAUAUUUUUUACUAUUCUCAUCACUUGCCAACUUGAUAUUCUAUUGAUAAUAAAAAGAGAAAAAAUGUCUUGAUCACUCCUAGGAGUGGAAUAGUUAACUGAUAGGUAAACUUUGGUUGCAUCAAGCUACAGAGACCUAAGCUCUGCCAGCUAACACUUUGACCCCUAAGAGUGAUUAACACCUAAGUUCUCCCUACAAUAUCUCCUGCUGAAUCACACAUUAAGCUCAUGAGAAUCAAGGAAAUGAUCACCAACUAAAGAAGCUCUUGAUUGUUCAAUUCUCCUUACCAGUACUGGAGGAAAUGUAUAGAGAACAGUAUGGAGAAUAUGCAUACUGAUAUUAAGGUGUAAAGAGUUAAAUAAUUCAGUCUUGUAUGUUGACUCAGUCAUUAGCAUAAUCCUCCAUUUGCAGAUAACAUGCAUAACAACACCCCAGCUGGGAACAUAGACACAGCUUCCGUAGACAGGUAUGAUCCUCUGCGAGAUGAGUGGAAGCCUAUGGCACCCCUCAGUGUACCACGCAACAGGUUGGGCGUGGCCGUGGUAGAUGACUGUAUUUAUGCAAUUGGUGGAGGAAAUGGGAACACAUGUCACACAUCAGUUGAGAAAUAUGAUGCCAAACAAGAUGAAUGGACAACAGUUAUGUCACUUAAUUUUCCUCGCAUAGGUAGGUUUUGGGCAAGGUUGUGCAUUAAGAUACUGCUCCAAGCUAGAACUGUUUGGGUAACCAGUUGGCAAGAGGAAAAAAUCUGUUGCUCAAAUUUGUAGAAAAAGUCACCAAUUUGGCCACAUGUUUGCAUACAACACUAUCAGAGUUUCAUUUUCACUUUUUUCUGGUGACAGUUUGUCUGGUAAUUACCAUUUUUAUUGUUAUUAGUUUGUCAUUUGGCAACUUUGAAUAAAAUAUAGCUAGGAGAUCUGUUUAAAAAAAUGUUGUCACGGCUUUUCAGCAAUAUUUUUAUCGAAUUCAGUCACCAUGUUAUUGAAAUUGUCUUGCUCUCAGUCCUUUCCUUUGGGGGGUCAAGUGUUUGAGCUGCUUUUUGUGCAAUGAAAAACUAAAUUUGUCUCAAAAAUACCAAAAUGUACAUAGAAAUGUAGGAAAAAAAAUAAAUAAAAGAGGGAAUGAUGAACCAAGUACAAGCCAGUAUGGCCAAGGAUGGAGAAGAUUGACACAGAUUGUAAAUGAUCACAAAAUAUUACUUUAAUAAGAUAGAAAAACACAAAAGAGGUGAUAAUAAACCGAGAAGGAAAAAGGGUAACAGAGGAUGAAGAAGAUUCACAACGAUUGUAAAUGACUACAAAAUAUUAGUUUCGUAAGAUACAAAAGCACAAAAGAGACAAUGAUAAAUCAGGUUUGGAACUAGGAUGGCCUAAAAAAACUUUGAAAAUUUUGGCCAAGGAGAUGCACAUUCUCUUUUGCAAGUGCUGUAACGGAUGCUGUUUUUUUUUUAUAUUUUUUGCAUUUUUUCGCCAGGUGUAGCUGUUGCUAUACUUGAUAGAAAGCUUUAUGCCGUAGGAGGAUUUGAUGGAAGACACAGGCUCAGGAGGUAAGAGAAUGUUAAUAGUUGUUUGAGUGUGAUGUUGUUUUUCACGAAGUAAGCGCAAAGUAAGCCUUCGCUUUAGUGUAAGAUGUUUUCAUCCAGUGAAUGACACUAGCAUGCUGUAAUGUUCCUAAUAAGAGUCGAUAAUACAACCUUGCGAUCAGCAAUCCAUACGCCCUACCACUCAAUGAACUGUAGGAGAUUUGUGGUAGGCAGUUUAACAAGGUCCUUGAUGAUAGACUUCCUGCAUACUACAAACUGAGAUAGGAAUGUCGAUAUAUAUGCGUUAUAAUAUAGUAUAAUAACUAAUUCUUCUGCACAAUGAUGAAGUCGUGCGUGUUUCCUUUUUUGGUGGAUUAAAACCAAAUGUAGUCAAAGACAUCUUUACAUACACUCUCGUGAGUGGACAGGUGUAUUGGUUGAAAGCUCUGUUAUUCGAGAGUCACGUUUGUGGCUUCGCUGUGAUUCCAAAGAUCUCUUUAUAUAGGCUCUCGUGAGUUGACAGGUGUAAUGGUUAGAAGCUCUGUUAUCGUAAAGUCUCGUUCGUUGCUUCGCUGUGAUAUCAAAUGGAUGGUAGUUCUCUACCACCCUCUGAUGUGAUGAUAAUUAAUUAGCUAGACUAACUUUCUUCCCCUUUAUCAACCCCCCCUUUUCCUUCCCCCACCCCACCCCCCCCCCGUUCAUAUUUACAAGGGACAUGUUUUUCUGAAUUUCAUUUCAGUGUUGAAUGUUAUGACUUGGAUACUGAUCUGUGGAAAUUAGUGUCUCCGCUGGUCGAGCGUCGUAGUGGCGCAGGAGCGGCCUCGUUGAAUGGCUUUGUGUAUGCCAUCGGUGGAUAUGACGGCGAAACACAAUUAAAUAGUGUUGAACGCUAUAGCCCAGCCUCGGACAUAUGGAUAACUGUUUCGCCUCUGAUACACAGGAGAAGUGCACUUAGUGCGGCUGUUUUGUGCGGGAAACUUUAUGUAGUCGGAGGUUAUGAUGGAGAAGGGUUUUUGAACACUCUCGAGGAAUACGUCCCUGAACAAGAUUGCUGGAAGUUGGUUAGCAGUAUGAACCUGGGACGUAGCGGAGCGGGAAUUGCGGUAGGUUGGAAACCUGCCACCUAG